AUGGAAUGUUCAGAUAUAAUCGCUGAAAAUGGCUUGUCUAACGACCAAUGGCAAAUGCUUGACAAAAAUUGGGGAUCCGUAGCCCAGAGCUUGCGCAAGCUUAACCUCUUACAAGGCUACCAUGGGCCAUACGAACAUUGUCAUAACCCUCCAAGUCAUAUCCAAAGCCACGGACGACGGUUUUUUUUCGACAACGACAAUAUCAAUCUUCUUGAAAUCAGAUACGGCUCAAUUCCAGAUCAGUAUUCAGGAAAGCCUUGUAUUUGGUUUAUACUGAGACAUGAACAGGAUCUUGACGGUCAAAUCAGUACAAGGGCUCAGUUACAAAUCUGGCUUGAUAUAUUGGAAAAUAUAGAUGACAAACCAACCUGGGUGCCCAUCGGAAGAAACUCUCCAGAUGAUAUCGUUAACAAUGCUACUCGCCAUGGACCGAAUACAUAUGUGCUAGCCGCCAAGAUUUUUGAUCCCAAUGAGUGGCCAUACAUUGAAGCAAAAAUUCGAGGGUCCGCGAGAGGUGAACCAUUUUCAGUUCAUAUCUAUAACAGCCAAAUGCAUAUCAAGUACACACCUGGUGGCAUCUGGGUGGUGGAAGGUAUCCUAGUCUGA